AUGGCAACAGGAGUAGCAGCGUGGCUCCCCUUUGCCAGGGCCGCAGCUAUUGGCUGGAUGCCUGUGGCCAACUGCCCCAUGCCUGUUGCACCAAGAGACAACAGCAAGAGACAAGACGAGCUGAUCAUCCUCAACGUCAGUGGCCGUCGUUUUCAGACCUGGAGAACCACGCUGGACCGCUAUCCAGACACCUUGCUGGGCAGCUCUGAGAAAGAUUUCUUUUAUAAUGAGGAAACCAAGGAAUACUUUUUUGAUCGGGACCCUGAUGCCUUCAGAAGCAUCCUCAACUUUUACCGGACAGGGAAGCUCCACUACCCCCGACACGAGUGCAUCUCGGCCUACGACGAGGAGCUGACUUUCUUCGGCAUCAUCCCUGAGAUCAUUGGUGACUGCUGCUACGAAGAGUACAAGGACAGAAAGAGGGAGAACUUGGAGCGCCUGCAGGAUGAUCAAGAGGAGAACAAGGACAUGAAGAUGCCCAACAUGAACUUCAGAGAGACCAUGUGGCGAGCCUUCGAGAACCCCCACACGUCCACAAUGGCCCUGGUCUUCUACUACGUCACUGGUUUCUUCAUAGCCAUCUCGGUCAUCACUAAUGUGGUGGAGACGGUGCCCUGUGGUUCCACCGCCAACCAGAAAGACAUGCCAUGUGGCGAACGCUACACAGUGGCCUUCUUCUGCAUGGACACUGCCUGCGUGAUGAUAUUCACGGUGGAGUAUCUGAUGCGCUUGUUCGCCGCGCCGAGUCGCUACCGCUUCAUGCGGUCUGUGAUGAGCAUCAUCGACGUGGUGGCCAUCUUGCCGUACUACAUUGGCCUGGUGAUGACUAACAACGAGGACGUGAGCGGCGCCUUCGUGACGCUGCGGGUGUUCCGAGUGUUUCGAAUCUUCAAGUUCUCCCGUCACUCUCAGGGCCUGCGGAUCCUGGGUUAUACGCUCAAGAGUUGCGCCUCAGAGCUGGGCUUCCUCCUCUUCUCGCUCACCAUGGCCAUCAUCAUCUUCGCCACGGUCAUGUUCUACGCAGAGAAGGGCUCCAGCUCCAGCAAGUUCACCAGCAUCCCAGCUUCCUUCUGGUACACUAUCGUCACCAUGACGACGCUGGGGUAUGGAGACAUGGUACCAAAGACGAUUGCUGGGAAGAUCUUCGGCUCCAUCUGCUCCUUGAGCGGCGUGCUGGUGAUUGCUCUGCCUGUCCCUGUCAUCGUCUCCAACUUCAGCCGCAUCUACCACCAGAACCAGAGAGCAGACAAACGCCGCGCUCAGAAGAAAGCCAGACUGGCCCGGAUAAGAAUAGCCAAGUCGGGCAGCGCCAACGCCUUCCUUCAGAGCAAACACAACGGACUGCUCAACGAACUGCUGGAGCUGACGGGUACAGAAGACGAAGAGCAGAAGCUGACAAAGUCCAUCUCUCUGUUAGAGAGCCAACACCACCACCUACUGCACUGUCUGGAGAAAACCACUGCUCACGAGUUUGUUGACGAGCAGAUAUAUGAGCAGAACUGCUUAGAAACAGCGCUGCAGACCUUUCCCUCACGCAGUCCCUCUAUGUCCGGCCACGACAGUCCUGCAGGCAGCUGCUGUGGCCGGAGAGGAAAGAAAAACACUCCACUGCCCAACGCCAGCCUGCCGACUGCCCAUCCCAUCCCGACACACCAGGGCCCACUGCAGGAGCUCAGUGCCAUCCACAUACAGUGCAGUGACCCGCUGUCACACACUGCCAGUCGCUCAAACCUCAACCUGAAAACCGGCGACAGCAGUAAGAUAAACUGCAAAGGCGGCCGCAUUACCACAGCAAUCAUCAGCCUCCCGACGCCCCCCGCUUUAACUCCUGAUGGUGACGGCCUCCACGGUCCCCCACAGCGCCGGCCGCCCCCGCCUCCAGGUCACCCUCCACCCCCGAGCAUCCAGACCACAAUGAGCUCAGCUGGCACCAACAUUGUCAAAGUCUCAGCUCUGUAA